AUGGGAGACGACAAGGGCAAAGGUGUCGCUGCCGACAUGGAGGUGAUGUUCGACAUGUCGAAGAAAGAGCAGGGCAAUCCUUCCAACAACUACAAGAAGCUGCAUCGGCGCAUCAAGCAGGAUUACAAGGUCUCCACCAACAAGGAGGUCAUCAACAUCGAGAGGCUGCGAGUCGCCAACCUCGUGAUCUUUGCCGGGCCUCGGGAAAUGUUCACCGUCGAUGAGUUUACAGCGCUGAAGGACUACCUGGCAGAUGGUGGCAGCAUUCUCUUCCUCGUCGGUGAGGGUGGAGAAGGCAAAAGCAACACCAACGUGAACUAUCUCCUGGAGGAGUUCGGUAUGAGCAUCAACAACGAUGCCGUGGCUGACGGAGAGCAGGUGCUCAAUGUCACCGCAGAUCAAGCCAAGAUGAUGAUCCGGGUGGAGGAGAUGGACAGCACCAACACGACUCCGACUCCGGCUGACCCCAGACCUACCGACAAAAUGAUUCUGGAUGUCGCGAACGGCUUCAGGCACGAACAUCAGCGCUUUUUCUCCGAGACAAUAUGCUACACCUUUGACAUGCAGCCAGCUGGUGGCAUGAUGAGCCCGCUCAUGCGGUGGAAGAACUGGCCGAAGCGUGUCGAGCGCCUCUCCAUGGCAAGGCGCUCGACCGUGGUUGACCCGGCCCGUGAUGAAGACGGCAAGGAAGAGCCCGACAAUAGCUCGGGCAGUGUGCACGAUGUGCACGAGGAAUCGCCGAUGAACGAGACGCAGUUACGGCGCAUGAUGUUUGUUGAAGCUAUGACCCCCGGUUGCAGUGUCAAGCAGGUUGCUGGCCUCAACUGUACGGCAUGGGUCAUGAAUCAGUCCCACAGCCUGCACGUGAAGGAGAUGAUGCAGGCGAUGACCAGUGUGACGGAAGCCACGAUGCUCCGCGAUCUGCCGGUCUGGUGGUUCACUUGGGAUGUCCAGGAUGCAUCCGAGAAGUUGCAGCUGCUCCAAUCCCUGCUGGACCCCACAGGAGUUGCGACGAUGUCGGCUCUGUUCGAGUUCUGCGUGACGGACAUGGGCGAGCUCUUGUCCACGGAGACACAGCCAGCUGUCUCAGAGCUCUCCGAAAUGUAUAAGCUGACCUAUGCGAGACAAGCCCAGAAGGCCACAAACGAGACAGAGCAGGCUUGUACCUUGAGGCUUGAGACUGAGGCCAGCCUGGGUGGGCCGAAUGUGUUGACGCUCUUCGAGUCAGACAGCCGGACCCAACUACUUUCACCGCCGCAGAGGCCUUCGAACCUCUUGCAGCUGAGCGCCACCUACGGUGUCACUGGCGGUGAGUGCGUGGAUCUGACUCAGGGGAACGUGGGCGAGGCGGAGAUGGACUCAGAGGUCAACGGACCGGAGCGCCUCGCGCGAAUCAAUCGGGAGACCGUUGGUCUGUGGGAGGCUGCCCCGUAUGACUUCUGGAAGGGUCUGAAGGUCCGUGAAAUCGUGCCCUCCCUGGGCACUGAGAUUGGGCCGCUCCGUUUGCCUCUGCGGCCAGCCCAGCCGAGCCUGGUCCAUGCAGAAGUGGUCUCCGAGCCCUCAGUGCCGGUGUCCUUCGAUGCUCGCGCACACUGGUCCAAGUGCAAUUCCAUCGGAAUCAUCCGCAACCAGGCAGGGCCGCUGUGGGUCGUGCUGGGCUGUGGCCGCGGCGACAGUAAUGACAGACAGAUUCUGCGUUGCGGCUUCUCAGAGAUGCAGGGCCUGUCUUUGGCUCCGGAGCUGCUCGUCCAGUGCGAUGAGACCAACCAUGGCUGCGGCGGAGGGCGUCUGGACGACGUUUGGCUCUACCUGCGAAGCCACGGCGUACCUCAGGAAUCCUGCACCCCGUACGAACACUGCCUUGUCCCGACGCAGCGCACCUGCGACUACGACUGGCAGCCGAGGCCGACGAUGCAGCUGCAUGCAGAUCAGCAGGAUGAGGAGCCGCCGUCAACGCAUGACAUCUGUAACGGGGCUUGUGCCGAUGGCUCAAAGAUGAAGCUCUUCAAGGUGGCAGAGGUGCCUUGCUCCGAUAAAUCCGAAACACUGGACUACCGAGCCUACGCGGCUGCCCCGCCUCGUGACGUGGUGGGCUUACAGCGUGAGCUGCUGACACACGGCCCGGUGGAGGUGGCCUUCUUCGUGGCCCGGCUGGAUAUAGCACAGGUCUUUUCUGACUUCAUGAGCUACAAGCGCGGCGUCUACUUCCGCACUCCGGGAGCCUUUGGUCCUUUGGGAGGCCACGCGGUGCGACUUCUCGGAUGGGGCACAGAGGAGGACUUUGGGAAAGACACCCUGGAUUACUGGCUCAUCGCCAAUUCCUACUCUCCGCGUUGGGGCAUGCACGGCCUCUUUCGCAUCCGACGUGGCACCAACGAAUGUGGCAUCGAGUCAAUUCCUGCGGCUGGCACACCAGUUCGAGCGGCUAACGGUGAGAAAAAGAAAGAGAAGGAAAACAAUGACAAGCUUGCUCUCAACAUCACGAAGGAGGAUGCGGAGACAGUCACCCUUGCCAAGGACGAUGGCGGCCUAGAGUUUGUCUUCCCUUACGGGGCAACGCUGAACGCGCAGAAGCCCGCAGUUCCCAUCCUUUCUUCUGGGCCUAUCUCAUACCCCUUGAAUCGACCGAUCGGGGCGAUCCACAACAAGGUGGGCAUGGGCAGGAUCUGUGUCCUCGGCUCUGUACAGAUGUUUGGGGAUGACUUCCUGGAAUGUGAGAAGAACAGGCAGUUGAUCGACACCCUGGUGCGAUGGCUAUUGCGGAUUGGUGAUUGCGAGCUCAGCUACGCAUAUGGCGAGGAGCCCGAGCUCAGUGAGUACCAUCACAUCCCUCACACGCAGGGACUGGCGAUGAACCUCAGGAGCUGCCUGCAGGAGAACGAGCAGUUACCGAGGGACUUUACCCAGCUCUUCGACGAUAGCCUCUUCAAGUUCGAUCGGAUUCGCAAGGAGUUUCACGGCUCCGUUCCUACAGAGAUGCUGCAGAUGAUGGAUGCGCCGCUGUCUGAGGCCUCGCGCAGGAAGUUUGGGCUUCCUGCCUCAGGUUCUGCCCCCAGCCUCAUGCAGGAGAGAUUUCCCAAGGGCUCCUUCAACAGAAUGAACAACGACUCGACCGGGUUCUCCAGGUCUCUGCUCGGAAGCUGGGAGGGAUCAGGCGGCCUCAACUCGCUCCAUCGCCAGACCUUCGGCCCAGUCGUCAGGCCGGAGGAGACAAGCUCCAAUGUGCGGCACAUGAUCCACUCCCUGAAGAUGGACAGGUCUCCGUUGACUAUUCUAGCUCGUUUACCCGACUACCACGGUAUGUUGAAGUUCUUUCAUGACAUGACAUGCCUGAUCCUGUUCUACCUCCUCGACAUCCCGAAGGAUUGGGAAGGUCGACUUUGCGAACACGAGUGCUGUGAUUCGGAUCAGCUGUUGUCUUUACUGCUGCAAGAAACAGGGUAUCAGGAUAUGGUGGUCACCGAUUCAGUGUUCCCUCCUUGCCUGCGGGAACCGCCGCCACCCAGCCUCGACCUGUUCGACCUGGACGAACAGUUCGCCUCGGAGCGGGUGCGCUUGGCGCAGCUCACCAACAAGUGCACGGACGACGACCUCGACUUCUACAUUCGACAGGCGGGGGAGAUCCUGGGCGUCUCGCAGAAGUUGGGCGACAAGCGCUCGUCCAAAGAUCCGGCCAAGAAGAUCGUCGAGUACAUCUUCAAGGAGUUAGUCGGCUUCAAGAAAAUGAAUCAAGACAUGGUGCCGUCGGUUGGCAUCUCUGAAUAA